AUGAGUGGUUUCCUUUGUAUGCCUCCUAACAGGUACAGCAAGGUCAUUCAGACAUGACACGUCCUGUUUCUGUUAUUUAAGUGAAGCAGCCAGUUUUGUACUACUGGCGUGCAGACCCCCACUGCAUCUGUCCAUUUUGGCUGCAAUCCUAUUAACCUGCCCAUAGUAUACAGUGGUACCUUGGUUUGCAUAUGUCUUGGAUUACAAACACAUCAAACAUUGUACCGGUUUGCAGCCUUUUUUGGAUUACAACCCAUUUUGGGGGAUUACAAAUUUUUUUGGGAGGCCCCAUUAGUGAAAGCACACCUUGGGUUACAACCUGUUUUGGUUUACAAACGGACGUCCAGAACAGAUUAUGGUUGUAAAGCAAGGUACCACUGUAUACCAGGUGGCAAAUGUCAGGCCCUGGGAGACAAAUGCAGACCUCCAUCUGGCCCUCAGCACUCUUCCCCAGGCCACACCCCUUCUCUCUAGGCCACGCCCCUCACUGGCCCUGCUAUGUAUCUCAAUCAUUUUUGCCUGGCUGGAAUGUGUCUUUAAGACCUGAUAACACCUCUUCCUUGUCAGAAUGAAAGGCAGGAAUGGGCAGGGUGUAGAAACAUACUGUAGAAAUGUAGAAUUUGCAAUGGUUGCCCUGCCCACUUUUGUCUCCGGCCUUGUUCACCACAAGGGAAUGCAGCUCUCAGGAGAAACACAAGUUACCUGAUUUGGAGUAAGUCCCACUCAUCUAAAUAGGGUUUGCUUAGGCAAACAUUACUCCGUGUGCAGAACCUUAGCACAGAUUAUCGAACCUCUGUAUGGGCUUUCAGACUUAUAAUGUGUGUGAUCUGCUGAGAGGGAAACCAGGAAGUUUUGGGGUUUUUUCAAAGUAGCCCAAAAUGAAUUAAAAUCAGUAGUAAGACUGAAAAGACUCUGACACUUUGUGAACAGUGGCCAUAGCUGGCUAAGAAAAAGAAUGUGAGGGAAACCAAAGCAAAUUAUCAGUGGAAAAAUACAUAUUACAAGUGUACGAAAGCCUGCAAAAGCUGUUACAGGCCACCAGACAAAUCUGUAUUACUGAUUGAAUACAUCCAGCUUUUGGCUUUCUAAGCAAUUUUUAAUGGGUAAUAUUUACUUGAUGGACCAGAACAGCUUGAGCUAAAUGCAGGUUUUCCCCACUACCCACCCUAAUUGUAUUGUUUACCCUGGCAGGCUGUCACAGUCUCUUGUGCUAAUCUGAUCUGAGGUGCUUUUUCAACAGUGCCUUUUCUGACAUGAUCGACCACAGCAGCUUGGAAAUAUCAAACUUGUCCCUUCUGAGCUGAUGGCUUACAGGCCAGGAGAGGCUGCGCAAUCUCUUCCUCGGGUGCUCUCGUGGCCUGGGUUGGCCAUGCCGUUGAAGAAAGCCACUGUGCUCUUAUGGAUUUCUUCUAAUUUUACGCAUGUCUCCAUUUGGUAACCUGCUUUAAGGGCAUGCAGAAGUUUCUCUUUUGUCUGUUUAAUGGAAAACAAAAACCAUGUGUAGCCUUGCUGAGUUAUUUUUGUUAGCUCUGGAGGCCAAUCAUUCAGAUAUCUUUUCAACAAAGAAGGAGGCGAGUAAGGGCAAGUUAUACCCUUUCUACACAGGUAUUGAUCCACUAUGCAUUUGUGUACAGUGCAGAGGAUGUUGGUAUUUGUCGUUCACAGAUGCUUUCAGUGUUAGAAUCUACCAACACACACAGAAUUUAAAAAAAAAAGGAUUUAAUUAAAGCUAUUUCAAAAUGCAGUACGUUAAAGGAAACUAAUCUAAAUAAAAACAAAACACAGAAAGAGAAAAUGCAGAGUCCUCUCUUAAAGGUAACCCUGGUCUCACACAGAAAGUGGUGGGCCCUCACCUGGGAGCAUUCCUUUUUUCUCCCAGUCUCUUACCCUGGUGUCUUCCAGAUAGGAAAAAGAAGAUAAGAAGCUACCUUAUACUGAGUCCAUCUAAUCAGUCCUCACUGUCAGGGCUAGGGAAUGAACAUGGAACCUUUGGCACACAGAAGAUGCUCCACCACUGAGCUAUGGCUCUCACUCCUUGCUUUGGGCUACAACUCCUGUUAGCUCCAGCCAGCAUGUAGAAUGACCAGACAUGAUGGGAGUUGUAGUCCACAACAUCUGGAGGGGCACCAUGUUGGCUACCCAACAUGUACGCUCCAGAUGUUAGAAGGACAUUGUGACACCCUACCUAAUUAUCAAUGAAAAACAAUAAUAACCAUGACACAGAUAUAUCUGAACCUAUUUAGCUAUAUUUGGCUUUGGGGAAUUCCAAAAGAACAAUGCAUUUAUAUACAAUAUAUACAGAGCAUUUAUAUACAGUAUAUUGGUUUCCAAGCUGUGCCGUUUUGUAUGUAUAAUCAUCUCAUACAAAAAUAUGCUGUCAAUCGCAAUCAAACUUUGUGUGUGCCUUUAUCGACCUUAAGUCUGCUUUCGUAUCUGAAACUUAAAACGGGAAAUUUUCCCCAUCAUUGCAUCUCUAUGCCAUGAAAUUUCACUCAUUUUCAGUCCUAUCUCAUGGAAGAUUAGGGGGCGCCCAAGCCCAUUUAAACCAGUAGGUUUAAGCAUAUGUCAGGUUUGUAACCUUAAUUUCUGUCUGUAAAGAAUCUGGAGUCAGUCUCGUUACAUCAGAACAACUUAUUUCCAAGUGAACUGCCUAGGAGUGUUUGCAGACAAGAUGCGAGUCACAAUCUUCCUCUUAUUGGCUGCGGCCAACACCAUCAACACCCAACGAUUUGAACAAAACCUCUUUUUGUACCAUUAGAGAGCCUCAUCAACCCACAGCUGGGCAACCCAUCUAGAACAAAUAUUAAUACCUCCUGACAGUGCUGAUUCAGAUCAUUUGACCAGCAGAGAGGAAAUUAUCCUAAAGAGGAAGAGAAACAGCUAUUUUUUAAAAAGUGUGGACUGAGGCCUAAUUCUCACAGAGCAAACCUGUCUGGGUUGUACCAUAUCAGACUGCAGGCACGGCAUUUUAAAAAAUCCUCUUUAGACAGAAAAUUGGAUUUCAGGAAGGAAGGUUCUAGUCCAACCUUUCCCUUGAGAUGCUAAUUUUCCAUGUGCAGUAAUUAAAAAAAAAUCAAUCUGAAGUGAUAAUGGCCUAGGUGUAGUUUUACCACCUCCAAGGGAACCUGACUGGAGAAAUAGGUUUAAAACAAAACAAAACAAACAUUUCUUCUUAACAUCUAUAACCCCAUUUUGGCUCAGUGUAAGAGUAUGUGUAAAGAAUUACCCUACACAGCAGGUUGUCUAGAAAUUAUUAAGAUCCUUAAAGAUUAAAGAGGAAGCAGUUGGGGAAAGCAGGACAUGUAUUACCUGUAUUGAAAGAGUCAAUUGAUUGCAGUAAAUGGUGACACUAAGGCUAUCCACACAGUAGUGGCCCAAAGUGCAGGGAGCCUAUUUUCCCCUGCUGCGUUUCAAAUCACAUCUUGUCUUGUAGGUCACUUAAUGGCAGGGCCAUCACCUCCCUCUGCCUGGCAGAAAAACAAGCCCAGCCUGCCAGUGCUGAAUAAAUAAUAUUCGGCAUGUUUAGCCUGGAGAAGAGGAGGUUAAGGGGUGAUAUGAUAGCCAUGUUCAAAUAUAUAAAAGGAUGUCACAUAGAGGAGGGGGAAAGGUUGUUUUCUGCUGCUCCAGAAGCAGACACGGAGCAAUGGAUGCAAACUACAAGAAAGAAGAUUCCACCUAAACAUUAGGAAGAACUUCCUGACAGUAAGAGCUGUUCGACAGUGGAAUUUGCUGCCAAGGAGUGUGGUGGAGUCUCCUUCUUUGGAGGUCUUUAAGCAGAGGCUUGACAACCAUAUGUCAGGAGUGCUCUGAUGGUGUUUCCUGCUUGGCAGGGGGUUGGACUCAAUGGCCCUUGUGGUCUCUUCCAACUCUAUGAUUCUAUGAUUCUAUAAACCCCCGUCCCCAGCACCCAAGAAUCUAUAGGCGGAGUCUGGCACCAGGCAUCUGCGGGACCCGUUUCAUUAUUAUUAUUAUUAUUAUUAUUAUUACUACUACUACUACUACUACGACUACUACUACUACUACUACUAUUAUUAUUAUAUCGUCGUAUACCCGGAAGUCUCACUGUAAAUACAUGGGAUUCCUGAACUGAGUAUUAGGUACAGCGAGGGCAAGAAGUGGGGAAGGGGCUUUGGAAAUGAAUCAGGGGUGCCAACUUAUAUAAAAUAUUCGGGGGGGGGGGUAGGUAUAAUCACAUGACACAGUGCGCGCGCGCGCACCCCAUUAGAAUGGCAAUAUCAUGCCCAUCAAUUUUGUGGUGCCCUGAAAUAUUUUAGGGGGAACUGGUCUGAUAAACUUAGAUAGAUCCAGAUAGAGAUUCCUGAAUCAGAGCAGCAGUCGUGAUCCGUGCCCAUUGCGCACAAAAGGAAUGAUUAUCAUUAGUAGUAUUAUAAAUAUAUUUUUAGCCUACUUCCAAGAAGGGCUAAGGUGCACCUUCCGGGAGAGAUGGAGGAUGAAAGGAGCAGCGCUUGCUGGACCCUCGCAGAAGCCCCCGCGGAGGAGGAGGAGGAGGGAGCAGCGGAGGAGGCGGCGCUGCGCGGCGGCGGCGGCGGGCGUGGCUUUGGCGCGAGGGCCGGCGGAGCCUGUGCUUGGGGAAGGCCCGGCUCAGAGCAGAUGGGGAGGCGCGCAGGGCCGGCGACAGUAAGUGGCGCCUUCUUCCGCGGGGCUCUCAGGCCACGGGGACCUUUCCGCCGGGGGUUUUGCGGCUGCGCCUCUCUUCGCCUUUGCUCUCUACCUGCGACUCCUUUUCCGCCUGCUGCUUCUCCUCCUCUUCCUCCCGGCCUUUGCUCCUCCUCCCGCCGCACUUUGUUUCGGCCUCGGUCUCGGAAACUCGCCGUGAAAUCCGAGGUUGGGGUGUUUGGCGGCGGCGGCACGGAGCAUGUGCAGAGUGCGUUUCCUGCCACGCACUGCUGGAAUGGAGGGUCCGGGCAGCUUCCCGUUCGCAAGAUGCACCUUUUCAGUCGAGAGCAAGGCGCUCUCUCUUGCCACUUGGGGGGACGGGGGGGGACGGGGACCAGGAUUUUUCCCACGGAGAGGCUUCACUGAGACUUUUUUUUUUAACUUUUGGCUUUCUUAUUGUUGCCUGUCAGGGUUUGCGAGGCUUGAGGGGGACCCAACAUGCAUUUUGUGGGUCCCCCUCAAAGCCAGGCCAAAACAUUGUGUUUUCUGAGAGAACAGCAAAUAGCCUCUUCCUCAGCUGCCCAGUAUCCAAGGCUGGUCAAGGGCGCUGAGUAUUAAUGAUACUAAUUUCAUUUCUUAUCCAUCCUUUACCAUAAGGUCCCAAGGCAGGUGACAGCAACUUAAAAAUACAGUAUUUCAAACGUUUUAAAGCAAAUUGCAGUCGCAAGAAUAGAGUGGGGCCUAAAAAAAAUAAGUUUCUCAAGUGUCAAAAGGCCAGUGUGAAGAAUGCUGUGUUUUGCAAAUCCCAAGUCCUGAGAUGACCUACAGAUGUCUUCCAUAAUUCAUAUUUUUUAGGCAUUGAAGCUAGGUUUGUAUUGUAGGUGGGACUUUCCGUGAGAGCCCACCUUUCUUGAAAGGAAAGGAAAUUCCUGGAUUGGCUCCCAGAGUUUAUUUGCCCAUGUGGCAUAUCUUAUUUUUCUUUUAAUCAUACCAAGCAUACAUUAAGCAUCGAUUGCUUUCUGGCAAAGCGCUUUUGUGUAACUAAAAAGCUUCCACAUCUUAGUGAGCGACUGAUUGGCCCAAUGAAAGAUGUCAUUUUGCCAUUUCUCUUCACUGUGGGUUAGCCUCAAAAUAUUCCCCAGCUCCCCUAGGAAUAACAUGCUUCAGCCACAUAUUUCAGAAGGGAACCUCUUCUAUUCUCUCCCCAGUCCAUUAAUUCUUGUUUUGAUGACCUGGACAGGAGGGCUUAGAAAAUGGAGAUUGCUUAAAAACUUAACAAGAGUCAUUUUAUCAAAAAUUUAAUUCUAAGGUAACUACUUCCACAUGAUGCUGUCCCUUCACUUUGUUCUCUCUCUCUUACAAACAUUUUAACAAACUUUCACCCUGCCUUCCCUGAAGACUCGCGGCAGCUACCAGUUCAACUAUUUCAUACAGUAAAGCAAAAGCAAACUCCAUGAAUACUGUUUGAAAACCAUGUGAAUAUUUCAGAAUAUAUUUAACAUUAUUUUAAAUAAGGACAUUUUGCACAGGCCCUUCUAAAGACUUGUUUAGGCUGCAGCGGGCCUCAGUGUUCCAUUAUGCAUAAGGACACACUAACUGCUUCUCUUCUGGAACACCAAAGGAGUUUCUUUGAAUUCAGGAACUCUUGUCCUUUUAACACAGAUUUAUUUGGGAUGCUUGCAACGGUUGCUGCAGCUUUCUGUGGCAACCAGAUGGGUUGUAUUUCUUAAUAUUAAUAAGCAUUUAUAUAGCUCGCUUGAAGUGUUCAGAUGCACAUUCUCUCAGUGUACCAUAUCGCUGUAAGAGAGACUGGUAUUAUUAUAGGGGUCAAAGGGCUAGUGACAAUGUCAUGCUAUGUGACCAUAACUUUCACACAUCUUCAAUUUUUCCUAAAAGUGGCUGUUGAUUUGGAGGAGCAAGAUGACUACCACCACAGUGCGAACUCUUUGUACAAACCAGUGGAUGUCACUACCCAAGAAGAGACACCCCUGUUCAAGGAGCCAGAGGGAAACAGACACGGUUUUCACAAGCCUAAAGAUCACUUCAAUGGCACCUACAUUAUUUUCUUCCUUCUGGGGACUAGCUCUCUCUUGCCUUUGAACUUCAUCAUCACUGCAAAGAAUUACUGGAUGUACAAACUUCAGAACUGCUCAGAAGAAAUCUCUCCAGCAGAGCAGGGAACUUCGGAUGUUCGCGUAAGUGUUGGGAAUUCAGGUUUUAACUCGGCUGUGUUAACCCUUCUCUUUAUCUGUGAGCUUAGUGCAUGAAUUUUAUGUCUUAAUCCUUAUGGAGGACAAGACUUUCACUUAUGGAAGAGAGCUCUGGUUUGUUUUUGCAAAUACGUUGUGCACGUGGUGUCCAUAAUCCAGCAUUUGGGGCUUUUUUAGUUUAGAAAAUAUGACAGUGAAGAAAAGAGAUACGGACAUCUUCUUUUCAUCCCUCUUGCACUAUAUUGGUCCUGUUUGUGGGCUUCUCAGAGGCAUGUGGUUGUCCAGUGUGGGAAUCAGGUUUCUAAGUAUUUUGGCAUUUGGAGUUAAAACACUCAGCAGAAGUCAAACUUAAUACUGAAUCCCUAUUGGAGGAGCACACUUUACCCUGGAUAUAGUCACACUAAGAUUCUGAGUUUAGGAAAAUAAGAAAGCUCUGUUUAUUACCAGGAAAGAUCCUGGUUCUGCCUAACCUGGGAGAUGCAGUGAGCUAUGCUUGCUGUUGCGUCUCAAACUAUGUUUGCAUCUUGCAUGCAGAGAGAUCCAAAAGUAGAUGUCUCCUUUUCCAAGGUGAGGAUGAAGGAGAAGGAAGUAGGAAAUGAGGUCAGCAACCCUAAGGGUAUCAGUCUAGUACCGGAGGGAAGGUCAGCACAGGUUAGGUCAGAAAGGGCAGUCUAGGAAACUUUAAGGGUUUUUCCUCACUCUCCUCUUUUCCAUGCACAUGUCAGCCUUCAGUGCAAGCUGAGUUGGAUCCCAGUACUUCCAACCGUCUGUUGGUUUGAUAAGUGAAACUGAUGAUUUGCAGGACUCAUGAGAGACAAAAGAAAGUACUUCAUCACACAGUGCAUAAGUAAUUUUUGGAUUUCGCUGCCAUUCUGAUCUUUUAUGUGUGGUUUUCCCUCUCCCCACCCCCCACCCCCACUCAGGCUAGGCUGAGACUAGGGGAGCAGCAAAUGUUUUUUCACAAUUUCUCUCAAGGCCUUUAUUAUCCAGGUGCUCUGAUGGACUCAAAGUCUGGUUUCAUAACUGGGGGCAGAUUGGAAACCCUGAGAGUGUACUUGUCCGGGCUCCUAAAAAGCUAGCACUGGAACUUAUGAGUCAAUCAGUUCAAUUCAGUGCUUAAAAUAAAUUAGGCAGCUUAAUUUAUUCCUUAAAUAAAUUAGCCAGCCUCCUAAAAGUUUUAAAUAGUUUUGUUGGAAAUUUGAUAAAAAUUUCCAUCAUUGCAUAGGGAAUUCUAAUUCAUAUAGUUGUAAAGGUAUGUGAGGAAUAAGGAAGGGGAUGAAUUGCAGAACCUCUAAAUAAGAGGCUUGGCUGUGUGUGAUAACACAGAAUACGCUGCUUUCGAAACUUGCCAGCAUCUCAUGGCAUUAAUCUCACAGGUGUAUAGGGACUUUCACUGUAAUGCGCAUAGCAUGACAAUUGUCUAGCUGCAUAAUUGUUGCUGCUGUUUAGUGUCCAAUGAAAGAUCCACACACAUCACAGUAUUGCAGCUCAAGUUAGGAAUUUUUCACCUUUUUGAAAAGGUACAGAUGGGAUUAUGGCUGCAUCUCUUGGCAGCCCAGUGCAUACUACUCCCAAGACUUUUGCCAUCUUGUAUAAACUGUAACUCAGAAAUAGUAGGAUGAAGGAAUGACAUUCUGGAGGUUUGAUUAACUAUCAAGUAAAAAGGGCUAGCAUGGACUCAGUAUUUACUUGUCUCCUAUCAGGGAAAACCAGAACUGGAUCACUCUGGUACUACAUGAGAAAUGGAUGGAUGGAUGAAUGGAUGGCGUUUACACUUGCCUGUGAAGUGCAAACAGUAGCAGCCCACCUCUAGGCAUUGUCUUUGAAAAAAAAUAUUUUUUUAAUGGUUUUAGCACAGUAACCUCUCACGGGACCCAAUGAGGAUUUGCUAGGGUGUUGCAGGCUAGGAUGCUUCCUGCAGCUCCAGUGAAUGUCAAGAGCUGUUCCCCAUAUAAUUAUUUUUGCUACAGGGAUAGCCUCCAAGAUGCUUGCCUUAACUUUAGAACUGCUUGGCAAGUUUCGGCUUUAAUGCCAGUUUCCAUCCAAAAUCACACGUGUCUUCCCCACUUUGUCUGACGCUUGUCUCAUUUCUCACUUUAGGGUAAGUAACAUAAAAAUAGGAAGCUUCCUUAUUCAGUGUGAGGCCACUUGAUCCAUCUAGCUUCUUGUCAUAUGCACUGAGCGGUAGAAGCUCUCCAGGGUUUCAGGCAGGAGUCCUUCCCAGCCCUAAAUGGAGAUCCUGGAGGUGGAUCUACAGAUCUUUUGCACCAAAGGAGCCUGCAUAAAAGAGAAGGCACACCUUAAGAGACAAACCUCCGCAAAAAUUAGCAAUAUAGAACAAGAUAUCAUAGGCCUCUCAACACACUAUGGAUCUUUUGCAUGCAAAGGGGGGAAAGGCACCUGCAAAUUAGCUGUGUGUUUUGGGCUUAUCACUUGUUUCCCUUGUAACCUUCAAAGUUGAAAAAGUUGCCUUGCCACUGCAUAGCAGCAGCUUCUCCCCCAGUCCUUUCUGAAUGUCACGAUGAUUCCAGCAUUUGCUACAUGCCCAGGUCCUGCAGAAUGGGUUGCAACAGCUGUCUGGGAAAACCAAUUUUCGCAAGUGCUAUCAAGCUCUAACAGAGGCUUACCAGCCUAUCUGUCAGAUUGCAAAGUACUAUAGUGAGGAUUAAAACAGAGUUCUGAUAGGGCAGGCUGAGCGAUGAUGGCUGGCUGUUGGAAACACUACAUUGAGAAAAGUGUAAAAUAAAUAAAUAAACCUUGAUCUCGCAAAGGGGACCCCAGAGGGAACAGAGUAAACAUAGGGCCUUAAAUUGCAAAAGCAGGAAGGCCUACUCCGCUUUCUGAUCGAAAUGUCACUUGAAAAUAUUAGCUAUUUAUAGUCUGUGUGCAGGUGUUUCUGCACAAGGGAUCAGUGUGAGAAAGGGGAAGGAGGGAAUGUUCAUCGAUAGGACAUCCCAGGGGUAUGUUCAAUGAAGUACGGUGAGCAGCAAACCUAAUACAUUCUCUUUCAACGCCAGAGGUUUUUGCUUAGUGCUUUGAGAAUCGGUUCUAAUUCUUUGUGAAUUUUGCAAAGCAAUGACAACCCCAUGCUGACAUGCAACAGUUGCAUUAAUUUUGUUAUGAAUGUGGUAAUGGUGACUGCUGGGAUAGCUCAGUUGGUAGAGCCCGAGACUCUUUAAUCUUGGGGUUGUGGGUUCGAGCCCCACAUUGGGCAAAAUAUUCCUGCAUUGCAGGGGGUUGGACUAGAUGACCCAUGGGUCCUUUCCAACUCUACGAUUCUAUGAAUUGGAAUGAGCCAUACAAAAUAUAGACAAACUUCUGUUUUGUUCUCAAAGCCUAGCACCACCUUCCCAACACUGGCCUGCCUUGCUUAAUUCCAGACAUUGGAGGUUGUUAGAAUAAGCAGUGAAAAACACUCUUGCUUCUUCUUGCCUUUGUCAACACUUUGCAUAAUGGGAGGGGAAGCCCUGCUUGUCCCCAGUGCCUCUGCCAUGGCAGACAACUCAGGAGAAGACAGUGUGUGUGUUGUCUCAGUUUGGCUUGGGUUUUGGAGAAAGUGGGAACUACAGUGCUUGCAUUUCCUCUUCAUAGCCCAGCAUGAAGUGAGAGACUUAACAUGCCUGUGUUAUCUGCAAGAUUAGUUUUGCUGUUUUGCUAUUGCGUGCUUAGAGGGCUCAGGAAAGGGGAGGGCACAGUGGCAAUCAACAGUAAUUACUGACAAGUAAUUUGAAAUGUAUGACCCUCCUAGGUCUGCCUACUUCGGGAUUCCGUGCUGCCACAACGCCAAUGACGCAGGUGUUUAAAAAGUGGAGACGCGGGCAUGGCAGUAGAAGUCUACAGGUGCCCAUUAUAGUCCAGCUUUUCCAAAGUGAAAACCCUCUUAGCACCUGUUUGGAAUUCUGCAAGCUGCCUGCUGUACUUUAUGGCUUUUUCCAAAACACUGGCAGGUGUGAACAGGCUGCCGGCUGCAGCAGGGAGCCUCUUGUCUUGGCGUGCAAGCUUAGAAGUUUGUUGCUUCUUGAUUCACAGGAUUGGCGUUUUGAUGCGAACGCUCCAGUGGAGGAAGCCUCCUAGGCAUCUUGGUCCCACACUGUUGUUUUCCUCCUUAAUUCCUAGUUGCUUUCCUUCCCUUGGAUUUUUUAUUUCUCUUUAGCAAAGUAGGUAACUUCUCCCAAGAGAACAUUGGCACGUCUCUUAUGAUGGGCAACUUCAAAUUUUACUGGGCUUCCCAUGUUUGUUUGUUUUUAAUGCAAGGUUCUAUUUUGAAGUGUUAAGCUUCUGAAAUUCCGGCACGAAUAAAAUUAACAUGCUUGAUUUUGCAGCUCCACUGAAAAUCCUCACUUUCUCGACAAGGCCUAGUGCUUCGCUGGCCAAGUUUACAUAUAAGUGGAUUGCAAAACAAAAUGAUUCACCGGAGUUUCCAGUAUGAAGGGGCCAGUGGACCUCUGCUUAUGUGGCAUCUGUAGCUAGUGGAUCUUGCUCUGAGAUUGGACCAAUGAGACUUGAGUACCAAUGCUCUGUUAGUUUGUGUCUUCAAAACAUUUAAGAUAACUCAGUGGAGAGAGUAAAACCCUAAAAAUCAGCAGCAGUGAAACCACCAUUAAAAGCAGUUAUAAAACCAUAAUAAGAAGGGUUUGAAAUAUAAAUAUUAAGUACUUUUAUCUGCAAUCUUUGCAACAGCCCUGUAAGGCCGGUGUUGGUAUCUCCAUAUUUCAAAUAGGGAGCUGAGACUGAUUUGAUUUGCCUAAGGCAAUCCAGCAAACUUCAUGCAUGAUCAGUUUGAGUUGUACUUUCUUUUCUUGCUGGUGAUUCCCCUUCAUAGGCUUGAAUUAUUGCCAUCGAUGCAUUCACAAAAACAAACAAAGAUACCAUUAUUCCUACAAACUCAACCAUUUCCACCAGCAAAAUUAGGAAAUAAUUUCAGUUCCUCUCUUUAGAAAUGCUACCACUUCUGUUUCAUGGCUGCUUCUGGCAUGGACUGGUUUACACAGACAGAAGAACUAAAGAGGUAUACUCUAACGACCAAUUUUGAUUAUUACAUUUGAUGUAGGACUUGCAGAAAUGCAAGCAGCUCUCGCUUUGCAACUCUUGCUUCACCCAUGUAAAUUGCUGGAGCCCAGCCAUGAUUUUAAGAACUAGCCUCUUAGCUACAGGUGACCAGGACCUGAGUUCAGGCAAGUGCAUGGAGUACCAUGUACGUGAGUGAGAGGGCUGCUGGUAGCGGUGGGCCCAGCAUGGAAACCCAAACAGGUUGCCAGAGAAGGGACAGAAUUCUCCACCUUUCUUCUGCCCAACCAGCAGCAAGCUAGUUAAAACAGUUGCAGGCUAGUAACUUUAGUGAGCUUAUUUACGAAAGCUGGUGUAGCAUAUGAGGCAAAAACCGAAGUGAGGGAAUGAAUGAAUGGAUCUUUAUUUGUGUCAGCCAUCGGCCAUAGCAGGAAAACAACAAUACAAUAUACAAAGAAUAAAAAUUAAAAAGUCAAUUAUAUAAAAUACAUUUUAGGGUUUUGAAUCAAUAGUCAAAUAGUGGAUCUUAUUCUAAUUGCCCCAGCUGAAAUGCUUGCAACCUUAGCUGACUUCAAAGCAACAACGCUGACACGUCAUUCUGGUGCUAGUAGUGACAUGGAUGUCAGAAGACAACUUGCCCCAUUGAGCUGCCCACCUAUUAACCCACCUCUCACUAUUGCCACCCCAUUGACUUGGACAUGUAGGAAGAUGUCAACACUCUGACUUCUUUACCAAUAAUAGUGGAAGCAUAGCUGUCAACAUUUCCCUUCUUUAAAAGGGAAAUUCCCUUAUUCCGAAUAGGAUUCCUCACAAGGAAAGGGAAAAGUUGACAGCUAUGAGUGGAAGUGAUACAGAGAGUGACUCUUCUGGAAGCUCUGUACCAGUAGGCGUGAGGGGAAAGUAUUCAUUGUAAUGUUGUUUGGGAUAGAACCCUGACAUAUACUUGGCCACAGUUAUAAAUGCAUCCCAAUAUUGGGAAGUGUUUCCCUAAUUGGGAAACACCUUUUGCUCAGAAAAGGGGGCAGGGAAACCCUGCAGUGAUGCUAUAUUGUCAUUAGUCCAACAAAGUGCAGCAAUGGUGGUCUAACGUCAGCUCAUGCAGCCUAGAAACGCUGCUGUUUACCCACUCUAGACACUGCAUCAAUCUCUCCAUGGCAUAACAGCAACUUGGGGAUAUUUGUUCUUCGUCGUGAAGGGUCACAAAGCACCGUGCAGAUUUAACAAGCUGAUGUGGGGGUAUAUGCAGGGAUUAAUGUACUGAGCCAUCAAAUAUAGCCACUCCUGUGAUAUCGCGUAACACUUUAGGUGAGAAGUAUUUGAUCACUAGCAGGCUGUCUCCUGGUGCCCUCAAGGAAAGAUCUGACACUGAAGGGUUUGGCGCUGUGAAUUUUGACCUGGUUUCACUUUUCUGAACCUGUUUCUCUUGACUUAUUUUAAUAGUGAGAUUGAACAUUUAUUUUCCACAGCCGUUUCAUGUCUGGAAACCCUGGACACCCCUUCUCUGAGGUAAAAUGCUCCUCUAGCAAUGCUGUCUUUCAGAGACCCACCCCACCAGCUGCCUGACCUCCUCUGGUGGUCUUAGUUAUGGGUAGGCAAACUAAGGCCUGGGGGCCGGAUCUGGCCCAAUCACCUUCUAAAUCCAGCCCAUGGACGGUCCAGGAAUCAGCAUGAGUAGAAUGUGUCCUUUUCUUUAAAAUGCAUCUCUGGGUUAUUUGUGGGGCAUAGUUCAUUCCUCCCCCCCAAAAAAAAAUAUAGUCCGGCCCCCCACAAGGUUUGAGGGACAGUGGACUGGCCCCUGCUGAAAAAGUUUGCUGACCCCUGGUCUUAGUACACCACAAGCUUCACAUGAGUCAACAGUCUGGAACAGCAGCCAAAAAAAAGAAGGCUAAUGCUAUUCUAGGUUGCAUCAGCAGAAGUGUGGUGUUCUGAUCAAGCUCUAUUCUGCCUUGGUCAGACCUUACCUGAGUACUGUGUCCAGUUCUGGGCACCACAAUUUAAGAAGGAUAUCGACAAGCUGAACCUUGUGCAGAGGAGGGCAACACAGAUGAUAACAGGUCUGGAAGCUAAGCCUUAUGAGGAAUGGUUGGGGGAAUUGGGUAUGCUUAGCCUAGAAAAGAGGAGAGGCUGAGAGGAGACAUGAUAACCAUCUUCAAAUAUCUAAAGACCUAUCACAUGGAAGUUGGAGCAAGCUUCUUUUCUCCUGCUCCAGAGUGCAGAACCCAAACCAAUGGCUUCAGGUUUCAGGAAAGGAGAUUCCAACUAAACAGGAGGAACUUUCAGACUGUAAGAGCUGUCUGACAGUGAAAUGGACCGUCAGAAGGUGGUGGACUUGCCACCAUUUGAGGUUUUUAAGGAGAGGUUGGAUGGCCACCUGUCAUGUAUUAUCUAGUUGAGAAUCCUGAAUUUUAGGGGGUUGGACUAGACCUCAGGGUCUCUUCUGACUCUCCCAUUCUGUGACCUCACAGCAAGAAGACAGUCUUUCAUCAGCAAAGAGAGGAGAAGAAGGUUCCCACCCCAUCAAAAUAAACCCAGCAUUUUUCAUGUUUAUAUGUCUUCCAAAAGACAGGUGACUUCACCACUCGUGGUUUCCUGGGGCAUGCUGACCUGAUUACCAGGUUCAGAUGGAUGAUAAACUUAUCUUUAUCUGGAGCUCGGCUCAAUUAAUAUGUAACAUUUAGCUCAUUGCCCCAUACCUAAUUUCCAGCAGAACUCCCCACAAACAAGAUUAGAUUCUGAUUUGGGUGUCCUAAAAGGAUCUCUUGGCUAGUACUUCAAAUGGGCCAUUAAGGAAGCUAAGGAAUGAUUGAGCUGUUUAGGAGAAAGAUAAGGUAGCCACUGAGAACAGAAUGCUGGACUCGUGGGCUUUUGGCCUGAUCUAGCAGAGUUCUUCUUACGUAAUGUUGUUUGUAUGUGAGGACCACAUAUCUGAGUCCCCAACUAAAUUAUAUACAAGAUGAGAGGUUUCUAAUUCAGUCUAAUCCAUGUUUGCUGCAUGGAGCAAGAUUGAGAAAAUGCUGAUUGGCUCAUAGUAGAUAAGGCUCCUUCAUUUCUACAAAACAGCAAACGGGGGCGGGGCUUGGGGAGGGGGAGAAUUAGAAAGUUAAGUGGUAUCAUUUUUCCACAGUACUUUCUCAUGCAGUGACAUGCGACUGAACAGUUUCUGAAAAACAUUCCAGUGCUUUAUUUUUUUCCAUGGGGGGUUGGGGUGUCUUUCACAAGUUCAUUAGUAAAAAUGAAUGGAUGCCGGCUGCAAAUAGCUAUUGAGCAAGAUCAGACAGUUUCAAAGUUUGUACAGUGGUACUUCGGGUUACAUACACUUCAGGUUACAUACGCUUCAGGUUAGACUCCGCUAACCCAGAAAUAUUACCUCGAGUUAAGAACUUUGCUUCAGGAUGAGAACAGAAAUUGCGUGGUGGUGGUGUGGCAGCAGCAGGAGGCCCCAUUAGCUAAAGUGUUGCUUCAGGUUAAGAACAGUUUCAGGUUAAGAACGGACCUCCGGAAUGAAUUAAGUACGUAACCAGAGGUACCACUGUAUCUUUGUUUAUUAAAUGCAAGCAAAAUAAGCUUGUUGAUUUAGAUCACUUGCUGGGACGUCAGAAAAAAUUUCCCAGCACAAACUGACAAUUACUCUGUGCAGAUUCCUCGCAUAGCAGAAUGGUCCUCUUGUUUUCCAGUUCAGUAUUUUCUAAGAAGCCCACUUCAUUGUUCUCAGGUCAGGAGAGCGCAGUGUCUGAAGUGGCACCGUGAGGAGGAUUUAGCAUGCUGCCUAGAAUCAUAGAAUCAUAGAGUUGGAAGAGACCACAAGGGCCAUCGAGUCCAACUCCCUGCCAAGCAGGAAACACCAUCAGAGCACUCCUGACAUAUGGUUGUCAAGCCUCUGCUUAAAGACCUCCAAAGAAGGAGACUCCACCACACUCCUUGGCAGCAAAUUCCACUGUUGAACAGCUCUUACUGUCAGGAAGUUCUUCCUAAUGUUUAGGUGGAAUCUUCUUUCUUGUAGUUUGGAUCCAUUGCUCCGUGUCCGCUUCUCUGGAGCAGCAGAAAACAACCUUUCUCCCUCCUCUAUGUGACAUCCUUUUAUAUAUUUGAACAUGGCUAUCAUAUCACCCCUUAACCUCCUCUUCUCCAGGCUAAACAUGCCCAGCUCCCUUAGCCGUUCCUCAUAAGGCAUCGUUUCCAGGCCUUUGACCAUUUUGGUUGCCCUCCUCUGGACACGUUCCAGUUUGUCAGUGUCCUUCUUGAACUGUGGUGCCCAGAACUGGACACAGUACUCCAGGUGAGAUCUGACCAGAGCAGAAUACAGUGGCACUAUUACUUCCCUUGAUCUAGAUGCUAUACUCCUAUUGAUGCAGCCCAGAACUGCAUUGCUUUUUUAGCUGCCGCGUCACACUGUUGGCUCAUGUCAAGUUUGUGGUCAACCAAGACUCCUAGAUCCUUUUCACAUCUACUGCUCUCAAGCCAGGUGUCACCCAUCUUGUAUUUGUGCCUGAGAAGAGAGAGAUGGGAAUAUGUUUCGCCUGGGAGUUGCGUGACAUAUACCCGUGACUGUCUUGCAAGCAGAGAUGUGUCUAAAUGCUUUCCGUCUCAGAAUGCUAAGAUAUGCAAAUAAUGAGUGAGUCAGGCUGUUAAUGAUUCCCCUAGAAUUUGAGGUGUUAAGUUUGGAAAGUUGUUUUGUUUUUAAAGGCAACCCAGGUUGCAAUGUUAACUAUUCUCGCUUAGAAAGUCCCAUUGAAAUCAGCAGGCUAGCGUGAAUCAGCACGGCUGGCGUCAGGUUUGUUAGUUUAUUAUUGCAUUUAGGGCAACUCUUACCAGUGCAGAAAAGGUCUUUAGGUUUUAGUGCAAUCUUGAAUAUAUAACGCUUGCCUUGGAGAAUGAGCUAAAGUAGCACAAGUGGGCUUGGUUGGUUGUUUUUAAUGUUCCCGAGUGGCAUCUUUGUAAAAUUGACUUAUUUUUGUGUGGGAGCUUUUAUGGCUAUACGCAGGAAGAAGUAAAUGUGGUCAUGUAUCUGAAAUGCUGUUACUGAGAGUUACAUAUGGAACCCCGGCCUCAGGUUUACAUAAUACAGCCAAUCUUGCAACAUGGCCUACUUUAAACAAGGGCAUUGAGGGGGCUGGACUGGGAGAAGUAUGAGCUAAGGAAACCACUAAGUGAAUUUUAUUGCUUAUGGAAAGUGCUGGCUUGCUAACCCUGAAAAACGGAAUGCUUUAUCCAUGCGACAUAAACAGCUAAGUCAGCAGUGACACAACCCCUUAUUCUCCUCUCCUGCCCUUUGACAUUUGGGAGGAACAGGUUUGUAGCUGAUGCAAGAGACAUGAUCGCUUUGCAGAGUCAGGAAGAGGCAUGUUGCCUCGUUUCCCCCUAGAAAAGUCUACUGUGCACUUUGGUGGGACUUGUUGGAGGUGUCGCAUGUAUAUGUAUGCCGCUGCUGGUAACACUCUUUUGAGUGCAGGUUGUGUCAUUGGAGGUAGAGUUAAGCAUCUCCAAAACCUGUGAGGGUUGUGAGGGGUGUGUAUGUGACAAAAACAAGUUUCUAAACCUUAUAGGUAUAAAGAUAGACUUGAAAAUGAAGGGUGUGGUGUCUAGUAAAUCACAGAAGCUGAAUUUAUUCCUGAAUAGGUUUUCUGCUACACUGGGGAUGAGGGAUUCAGUGCCCUACAAAUAUGGCUGACAUGGCACCUUCCAAGUCUCAUCAUUGGGGUCCAUGCUGUUUGGAGCCGGCAGACAUUUGGACAGCAUCCCUGGUCUAAGGAGAAGCAGAAUGCACUGCAUGCAACAAGCAAUAAAAUAAAUGCAAUAGUGCACAAUGUGGCUUUUCUUUAUGCAGAAUUUGGGUCAUUCCAUGAACUUCUAUUUUGUACUAGGGAUGGGUUCCUUUCUCACCUGCACGUCAUUUGAGUCUUUGCAUUUCCUUAUGUUUUCUUGAGUGGAAUGCACUAAGAACAUUUAACGUCAAGCAUUUUUUUCUGGUCUGGAAGCCUGCCCUUUCAGUAACUCCCUGUACCCAGAGCCCAGAGCUUUGUUCUCUGCUCAGCUUUGCAUGAUUUGCCUCAAAGUGGAUGAAUGAUCAAGCCAAAGGAGUCUGCUCUUCCUAAAGAACAAUGGAAAAUGGAGGCUUUAAAUAUUUCUCGGCACUUACACUUUGAAGAAUGGUUGUAGCUGAAUUGCCAUUGCACAGGAAUUUUAAUAACACCGGUGUUAUUGCCAGAUAUGCGCAAGCAAAAUGAAACGCCAGCAAAAGGGGCCUAAUGUGCAUAUAUGUCCAACAUGCCAAGUUGAUUGCACAGCAAGAAGCCUUGGCAGCCUGCUGGGGAGGCCUGACCUAUUAUUUGAGAAAGCACUGGCUUGCACUAAUGGCCUAGUAAAGUCACAGAAGAUUUUGUUGUUGCCUUUUAAUGUAUUGACAUAGCAGCCCAGAUUUGGUGCCACGGAUAACCCGUUUUCAGGAGUCCAAGACUAGAGCCUGAUCUUAAUGGCUCACCAGCCAUUCCACUCUUACAUAUGGGAUCAUAGAGUUGGAGAGGGCCUUGUAGGUAUCUAGUUCAAUCCUCUGCUGGGUGCAGGAAAUACAGAGCUAGAACAUGCCCAGGAGAUGACUGCCGGGCCUCUUCCAGAAGGCCUGCAGUGAGGAAGAGCCCAGCACCUCUCUAGGUAAUUGGUUCCCUUGCCCAACUCCUCUUACUCUCAAGAGGUUUUUCCUAAUGUUCAACCCAAAUCUACCCUACUUGAGCAGGUUAAAUCUAGUUCUAUCCAAUGAGGUACCUAGUGGACAAGGCUUUCCCCUCUGUUUGGCAGUCCUUCGGGGAUUUUAAGAGGGCUAUCACAUCCCCCUCCCCCUUAGUCUUCUCUUGUCCCAGCUAAAUAUACCUGGGUCACAUCUAUGCCAUAUAUUUGAAGCAUUCUUCUACCACAUUCAUGGAGAAUCCUGGGGUCUGUAGUUUGUUACUAGUCCUGGGAAUUGUAGCUCUGUGAGGUCAGCUCCCAUAACAAACUACACUUCCCAGGUGUAUGAUGUGGAAGCGACCUCAGUUCCUUCACCUUUUCCUCAGAGGACUUGCUUUUCCAUGUCUCUAACCAUCCUCUGAACCGCUCGGCCCUGAAACGUGUGGCAAAAGAAUAAUUGAAAAGAUCUCUGAGCAGGCAUGGAGUAACCUCAGCACUACAGAAAGUGCAGAGAGCCCCCUCAGGCUGCGCAUUGCUAGGAAGGAGGGCUUCCAGAUCGAAAUGCCCUGAUGCUUCUGGAGAGGCUGGAGCCCUGGCAUCUCUGGCUCCUCUUCUAAAAAUUAAGCACCAGUUGGAACCAGGCCCUGCAAAGCAGAGCAAUCUCCUGCAGUCUGCUGUUUAAUUAUAGUUCCUUCCAUCUGGUGGUUUCUCAGGGUGCAGCACAGUCAGUAAUUUCUCCUAAUAACAAAUGACUGUGGGGAACUGGUGCGAAUGCCGCAGUUCUACAAAGAGGAAGAAAUCAAGGCACAGGGAGAUUAAAGGUUUGAUCAGGAAACAAGGUGGGGCAUCCAACCUAACCUGGUGUCAGACAACCCCUGAACUUUAGACCACAUCACCAUUGGCCUUUUGCGGAGAGUGUCAUGACUUGGGUGUUGGAGUGCUAUAUGGCAUCCUUGCAUAGUGUUUCCUUAACUUCCUUCAGCCUGUACAGUAAGCUAAAUUGGUCACCAUGGGUGAUGGAGUCUGUUCUUUUUACCCUCCCUUCUUUUCACUGCCAAUGGUUGCACACUUCAGGUGCUUAACAGGUGCAUCUUAGGCUAAUGCUGGAUAUACCUUGGAAUCAGGAAAUGCAAAGGUGAUGCUGGCAGGUGCACAUAGCAGGCUGGAUGUUCUGUGUGUCGGAAAUCAAGCCUUUAUCAGGAGAAACUUGCAACACUCCCAGGCACCCGGCUUGGUCUCCUGUUGACCUCCCUGGCUGCAUUCCCAGCAAGAUCCAGGCUAGGUCGCGAUAGGCGAUUCUUCUCAGCGUGAGAAGAACACACCCCUCCCUCCUGCUCUCCCGGCAGGGAAAAGGAGAUAGACAGAAACGUUUUUACAUGCUUUUAUUUCUGUCUUUGAAGCAUAACAGAAGACAUGACUGCUCUCUUCAAGCUCCAGCAGUCGAGUGACAAACACCUCCUGUACUUCCUGUACAAGAGCAAGAGGAAGAGCUCAUAUUACACUCUGAGCUAAUUCCGGUGCUUGCCUUUUGAGCUGACUGUCCCUCUGUUUCGCACAGACAGUCACAACAUUCCCAUCAUGUUUACUUUUCAAGCUAGCAGUUUGCAGCUGCAUUGCUUCUAUAUCGUAACACUGUGGGUAUCUGUAUAGCAUGGUGCAUUUGAUAGGAGCAGGGUCUCAUAGGAAGAUGCUGUUUUCCUAAAUCAGGCCAGUGGCCCAUCAGUAUUGCCUGCAGUGUCUGCUAGUGGCUUUUUAGGUUUUCCGAUAGGGGAUGUUUCCAGCCCUGGAGUUGCUGUGUUUUGAACCUGGGGCCAUCUGAAUUCAGUGCAUGUGUCCUUUUCACUGAGCCAUGAACCUUCUCCUGCACAAGGGCCUGCUUUAUCUAAGCCUGCCUUGUGAUCAGGGCUGUGUGUCUUUCCUGAUUCCAUGCCAGAACAGAAAUAUAUAGAACAUGGUGUGCUGAAAUCGCCUGUCUGGGAGUUUUGGCUAUAUCUUAAGCUCUUUUGUUUUCAAGGAUGCAAAGAUAAGCUAGGAAAUAUGUGGGUGGUGCCCAUAUAAAAUAUUGGAAGCCUUGGAGAAUAAGAUUCCCACUUUUUAAUAUAUACACAAAAAUAUUUUAUACCCCACCUUUCCACCACAAGGUCCACACAGAAGAACGGACAUCUCAUCAGUUAGGGAGGUUUAUAGUAUGGAAGCAGACAGACCUUUGAUUACUCUGAUCCCAGGUCAUUCAGUGCUCUAGAGACCCAGACCUGCUGUUUGAAUUCUGCCUGGAAACAAACUGGCAGCCAGAGAGCAGGGUCUCAAGACACAGUAAGCCAAACUGUGACUUAAACCAGGACCACAUGAGUGGGUGGUCUCCAAGAGAGAAGCUUGCAGACAUUUUGCUCCUCCCUGGCCUUUUCUACUCCCAUGCCAGGUUGAGCUAAGCCAAGGUUUGACUUAACGUGCUGCCUGAACCCAGACUCAUGGUUUAGCUCUUUCCUUGCUAACCACAAUCUGUAGCCAAUAACAAACCUUGGCAUGCAUAGCUCUGCCUCUUUGACUAUAAUCACCUCCUAAAAAGCGCUAACGAAACAAAAUAGGGAUGUUCCAUCAUUCAAAAUCCGGCCGACAGAACUGUGAAUCUGGGCAACUGAUGGGUGCGGUUGCCCUUUCACAGCUAUUGAAAUUUCCAGCAGAGCAGCUUGCUUUGGGAGUCAGCUUCUGAGCGUUCGGUGUUGGGGUGUGAUGAGUGAGCAGCAAAGGGGGGGGGAGAGUUCGUUGGCCCCGCACAGACUCGUUAGAAGCAGGUCUCGGCUAUCUGAAGAUGAGCUCACAACUGCAAGCUAUUCUUGGCUCCAACCUGCUGGCUGCUGCUAAUUUCAUGCCCUGUGAUCCAGGUAACGCUCUAGUGCCUUGCUCCGUCACCCAGGGCUUGAACUGCUUUUUUAGCCCAGCAGGAACCCAGCUGCUUCUGCUGCCGAGUUUAAGCUGAAUAAAAAGCCACUUUGCAAAAGCAUCUUGGCAGCACCGGGCAGACUUUUUGCUAACACCACUGGGCAAUUUUCCCCCCUUUAGAAAAAAGACAAAUACGUAUAUAUUUAAGUAUCCAGUAUUUUUGCCUGAAAUUAUUGCAUUGUGCUGGAGAAGCUGUGGCUAAUACUGGGCCAUUCUCUCUCCACCCACCAUCUCAUUAUGAACCUCAGUUUCAUUGAUUUAGAAGGCUUAUUGGGCUGAUACAGGAGAUCAAAGAAAAUACAUCUUGAAAAUGCGAUUGAGAUCAAUGCACCCAGCUUGUCUGGAAUUUUCCAGAGCCUAUUCUGUGCACACAAGCUCACAUUGAGGUGAUGAGCUCUCGUCGGGAUUCUCUGUUCUCUCGUAUGCGGGGAGAGAAGAGAAGUUUGGGAGAAUUAAGCAGCAGUAAAAUAGAAGACCGUCUUGAUUUGCAGGGCGGCUGAAUCACUUCCUAUAAAUAAGUCCACACAAGUUACUAGCCUAUAAAAGUGUUUGCCAGCCUGCCUGUAUCCACACAUGCCCGCAUUAGUAAUUUGUGGGACACUGGAAGACUGAAAAAGUGAGGAGAGGUAACUUUUUCCCAGGCUGUAAAAGCUUCCUUGCCUGGUCACUUCCAAAUGAGUAGACAGGGUAGUCUUUGUAAACAGCAAUUCAAAGGUAAAGAGAUCCCUGACCGUUAGGUCCAGUCGUGACUGACUCUGGGGUUGUGGCGCUCAUCUCGCUUUAUUGGCCAAGGGAGCCGGCGUACAGCCACAUGAUGGCCGGGUCAUGUGGCCAGCAUGACUAAGCCGCAUCUGGCGAACCAGAGCAGCGCACAGAAACGCCGUUUACCUUCCCACCGGAGUGGUACCUAUUUAUCUACUUGCACUUUGACGUGCUUUUGAACUGCUAGGUUGGCAGGAGCUGGGACCAAACAAUGGGAGCUCACCCCGUCGCAGGGAUUCGAACCGCCGACCUUCUGAUCGGCAAGCCCUAGGCUCUGUGGUUUAACCCACAGCGCCACCCGCAUCCCCUAAACAGCAAUUUAGCAUGCCACAAAUUACUAAAAGAGGCACAAGUGUGGAUGCAGGGCAGGCAGGCAAGAUACUAUGGGAUUUCUGUAGGCAUUUGCCCACAUGGUUUAAAACCUACCUUCCUAAGUGCUAAAACUUUGCGUCUUCUGAAUGAACACAGAGAUUCCAAGUAACGUUGACUCCUGUCCCCACUGCCUCAUUUCAUUUCUUGUUCUCCCAUGAAAUCUCUUGCAUAAAAAAUGCCACAUUUGCCCUCACCUGGGACAGCCAUUUCUUAUCGCAGGCAAAAGGCUUCAUCUUAAAUUACAGGCCUUCUGUGGUGGAGAAUUUUGCCCCAUGUGGAGAUUAAAGGGUUCACAUUGUGUAUCUUGACUGCUGGCACGAUUCAUAGAAGAAAAAGGAGGAAGAGCCCUCCCCCCCUCAUGUGUUUUAACCUUCCUUAAUGAGAACUAAGAAAAAGGUCACAAUGAGAUUCACACUGUGGAGUGGCCAGUAAUGCAGCAAGAGGUGUCUUUGAGGUUCACAAUAGCAGACAUGCUCCUCGGCUAAACAAAUUGAGUGGUGUGGGGUUAAUCACUUUGCAAAGUCUGCAGCCCUGCAAGCUUCAGGACGCUGCGAAGCCGUGACCUUGGGCUGCUGUGCCUGCGACUUGUGACAGGGAGACUCGGGGACAAGCCAUGUCACGUCUUUUUGUUCUUUCUGAGGCAUAGUUUUUGCAACCCUCUUUGACACACUUUUCCUCCCUUCCUUAGGACUUCUUUGAAAGCUACAUUUCCAUGGCUUCCACUGUGCCUUCUGUGCUGUGCUUGAUUGGGAACUUCCUGCUAGUCAACAAGUAAGUGCAACUGCAUUAGUCAUGACCAUUUUCUCCCCUCUGUGCAAUCCUGGCCACGCCACCUCUCCCCCCACCCCCCACCCCCGAGGCUGUAGCAUUAGCACAGCAGUGGGCUAAAAAAUGCUUGAUGGGCAAAUCGGUUUAGGCAGAAAACCCUGAGAAGCAGAGAAGCUUCUCAGAGCGGUCACAUCUUGUAAUUUAGUCCCAAGACGAUGGCAGGCAGUAUCCAAAAUUGUUCAGGCGAUUCCAGUUGCCGGAGGCUAGCAGACUUCCAAGUCUGCCACUUCAUCCUGAACAGAUGUGCCUGUAGCCUAAUGUAGGAAGAGAAUGAGAGCCAAGGUAGCAGCAUUCAAGGGGAAGGGAAGAUAAACGUUUAGCAGCUUGAGAUUGUUUUCAAUGGGCAGAUCAGCAUCCAAGCAAUGAGCUCGUACAGCUGACCAUUGCCACGUAUUACACUUUAACUACACACUGAUAGGCAAUUUAAAGCUCCCCCCACUAAAUCAGGAUAUUGCAGACAGCCAAGCUAUCCCAGGAUGAGGCAAUUGCAGUACAGCAGGCAUGUCCAACGUCCAUUUUGGGGACAUAACCCAGCCCCUGUGGCAGCUUUUCUCCUGGGGUAAAAUCCUAAAAAAACAUCAACAACUUCAACCCUAAAAAAAGCUUAACAACUGCAAUCCUAAGAAAAGGUUAACGACCUUGGUUGGCCCCUUGGUCGGCCCUCACGGCCCUUCGCUUCAUCACAUCUGGCCCUCUUUGAAAAAUGUUUGGACACCACUGCGGUACAGUCUAUUCAAUAUCUGUUCACAGGUAUGGGUGUGGAAGAGAGCUAGAGCGACAGACAGACAGAGGUUUGCACAUAAAGUUUCAAGGCUUUUGCCCUUCUGUUCAAACUUAAAACCUCAAAUUCUCACAUAGCCUAGAAGCUUGCAUCUCACUCAUUGCAUUCCCUCGAGGGACCACUUCCUGUGAUUCCUUUUUUCUACAUCAGGCCUAUCUCUCUUGCAUGCGGACUUUCUUGUGUCUAGUAAACAGAGGCCAGGGUUUGGUCUGGCACAGAGGGAUAUUCCUCUUUCAUAUCCACCACCCCCUGCCAAGAGAACUGGAGAAACAACACUAUGUAGUUCUUCCCACCUCCUGGGUCAAAAUCUUUGCACUAGGACUCCAGUGCUGGAGCUCCUCAGCUCCCUGCUGAGCAGGAGCUGUAGUUUUCGUGCCUGUGAUGUUCUAGGGAUGCCGAUGCUUUUUCAUCUUCCUUAUUCUUUGCGCACUUCAGCAAUGAAACUGUGGAAAGCCACCUGAAAAUCCCAGGGGUGGCCGCGCAAUGCACCUGCUGUAUGUCUGAGACUUGUUCUCCAGAAUCUUCCAGUGGAGAAAGCCCUCGUUUGCUUAAAUGGAGCUCUCUGAAUGCUAAUGCCCAAAUGUUCUGCAUUCCUACUGCUGUUUUAUUGCAGAAUACAGAAAACACGGGUGGCGACGGUGGUUGUUUUCCAAAUUAUGCCUUGCAAGUGGAAAGAAGCAGAAGGCAAAAAAGGAAGGGCACCCAGAGAUAGGAAUGCCUGCUCCUCCUCCUCUUCUUAAAUAUUCUCCAGGUUGGAAAACCAUUUUGCAAAAGCCAUUAUGUGCUUAAUGCAUUACAUUUUAAAUGUAGCAUUCAUUUAUCUUUGGCACAUUGUUGAUUCUGCUGAGUGGCACAUCCAUAAUCAAUAAGUGUUUUAUUAUGCUAAGUUUUCGGCGUCAUAAAUACACAUGAGGCUGGCUUGCAUUUAUGGAAACUCCUGAGCAAAUCGGUUCCCUGUAGUUCAGUUGCCUCCAGAGAGUAACUUAUGACUACUCUGUGCUCCACCCUUGUUAUGGGCAUCUGCUCUCGUGGCUAAAAUAUGAUGAUGCUUUUGAAAUGGAUUUCCUGACUGUGUGGGUGAAGGUGACAUUUUUGAGGGGAGAAGAGAGCAAAGAAGAAACUAGCAUGUUCAGUGUGCAAGACGUGGUGCUUCUGUUUGCCCAAUCCAUUUUGCUUCCUUAUUGUGUCUUUCUGGAACUGUUGCAUGCAAACAGGUUGCAUUUCUCAGGGAGUCCCUGAGCCAGGCAGACAACAUUUCUAACUUGUGCAGUGACGUGGCAUGAAGCGUAUCCCAUCUGGAGCCUCUUAAAAGGAGGAUAUUUGAACUGCAGUCUCUUAUCCCUAAAAGAGAAAUAGAGUGCCCAUCCGCUGCUAGAAUCUUGGUCAUUUUCUGCCUUUUUCCCCCCCUCCUUCCCUGCCCUCUCUGCUGAAAGGGAGCCAGUCAAGUCUUCAGUGUCUAUAAUAAGUAACCUCCCUGUUCAGGCAGCUAAUUAUCUUGUAGUGAUAAGCAUGCGAUUGCUAUUCCCCAGGCUGCAGUAUUCCCCAGGCAGGCUUCAUUCCUGUUAUUGCUGCCUGUUGCUGUUGUGAUUUCUGUUGCAAAUGGGCAUUUCCAACUUGGCAGGGUUUAUAAAGACAACAGAUCAAGAAAAGACUGAUGCGAGAAAAGUAGAAUCUGUACAUUUGAUAUAAAUGGUGGGGUGCUUAUUGUUCCAAGCCCCUCCUCACCCACCCAUUUUUGCCUUAAGUUCUUUGUAAGUGGUUCAGCCAUCUCUGCAACAUUAGUUAAGAGCAGCAGCGCAUACUCUGGUUCAUCUCUCUAGUUACCUGGCUUCCUUUAAGUCAUUGGAGAACUCCCCAGGGCUCUCGUAUCAGCAGCCUUCCUUACGAACAGGAGGCAUAACUAGGCGGCUCGUGGACAGUGCUUGUAGCAAGGCAUUGUGGGAGGCAUGGAGGAAAUGCCAUGUUUUCCCCUUUUUGCAACUAAACGCCGAUUAAAGCGAGUAUCAGAUUUGGAGUCAGCCAGAGAGAAGUACAGGCAACUCUUUUCAACUCGACAAAGCAGCGUGGAAAAUAAGGAAGUUUCCAUUUGUCAUGAGACAGAAUGUUGAAUUUCCUGCACAAAAAGACUGCAUUCAGGCGCUGUAAUAAUAAGAUGCUCCAUAAUUAAGGUAAAUGCAUAAAAGCCAAUGUCCAUCCCAGAAACAAAGCUACUGGUCCAUUUCACCCUGCAGCCCUGCUUGAGAGGCCCUGCCUAUUUUUUUAAAAAAAUACUUUACACCUGGAUAGCUCAGUUGGUUAGAGUGUGGUGCUGAUAACGCCAGGGUUGCAGGUUCAAUCCCUGUAUGGGACAGCUGCAAGCUCCUGCAUUGCAGGGGGUUAAACUAGACCCAUGGGGUCCUUUCCAACUCUACAGUUCUAUAAAGAAUUCUAUGAAGAAUCGCAAUUCUACGAAGAAUCCUCUUCAGAUUCACAUGGGGGAAAUGGCAACUGUGAUAGGCAACAGGUGGAGUGAAGCAUAUCACACAUUGUCUUUUUAAGGGUGACGCUCAAGAGUACUCUUUGAAAUGCAAAUGUGACGAAUAUUUGCAUUGUCUAGGUAUGCUCCUCAUGGAAGUGUGGUUGGCUGAAGCCCGCUAAUGAGUGUGCAUUUACUAGCAAACCUGGACUUUUCUCUGUGUGAUCUAUAAAAUGGCCCUUUCAAGGUGAGGGCCCCAGCACCAGAGUUCUUGCUGCGUACCUGGAUGGUGUGGCAAUGGGGCGGGGUGAGGUUGGGGCUGUGUGGGUGCACAGAGGAGCCAGUCCUGUCUUCUGCUGUGACUGCCCCCAUUCCACCAGCAGCAGCAACACUGAUGUGAGAAGGGUAGCGUCAUGCCUGCUGCUUCUCUUGGCUUGGGUGUAAAGGCGAGUCACCUCUUGUGGCACUUUCAGCCGGAAAAGAGCUGGAAGGCUUAGUGUUAAACGCAGGGCCCAUUUGUUUAUAGCAGGUAGCAGGUGGGGUGGACAGAUUAGCAGUCUUAUUCUGGUAUGCACUUGGCCUUGUUUUGAUUUUGGACGUAGGAAAGAUCUCAAAAGCCCCGUUUUCCCUUGGUGAACCUGCUCAGCGUGCCCUUUCAUUGUAACAUCUCAAUGCUAACUGGCAUAUUUGCCACUUAAUGUAGGUUUCUGCACAAAUUGAUGAGUUAGGCUGAGCACUUGGCUCUUAGGGGAGACGGCGCAUUGCACACCCAGCUGUGAGAAGCCACAACAGGGCUCCUCGGUUCCUGCCUCUGCCACUGGUAUUCUCUCUUGAUUUGUGCAACGUGCCUCCCCUUCCCUCUGCCUUUCCCCACCUCCUCAUUGCUUGGGACGUCUCCUGUACCUCGUGUGUCCUUCUGUUUGGUGCUGCUGUGCAACACCCAGUCAGGAGGAGAGAAGGAAAAGAGCAGGGGGCUCUUCUUGCACAGAAGCCACAUGCUAUAACCCCGCUUGCCUUUCUCCUCCAGGGUCUCCGUCAGCGUGCGCAUUCUCUCCUCCUUGGUCACCAUGCUGGCUGCCUUGGUGGUGAUCACGGUGCUGGUGAAAGUGGACACCUCCGCCUGGACUUCGGGUUUCUUCGUCAUCACCAUCGUCUGUGUGGUUGUCUCCAGCAGCGCUGCCACCAUCUUCAGCAGCAGCGUCUUCGGCCUGACGGGAAGCUUUCCCAUGCGGAAUUCCCAAGCGCUGAUUUCAGGUUAAGUCUCCUCCCUGUGAUGCCCCCGGCUGGAAACCGUAGUUCAUGAGACAGGGCUUCUCCAAUUGCUUUUAAUCUUCUUCGUGGGCAGGAUGCAUGUGCUGCCUUUUAGGCUUGAGGUUUUGGCAGCGCCUAGUCCCAUGACGAUGCAUUCACUCUGAACGAAGUUAACAGAAGAUGACUUUUGGAAAAUAAAGAACCGCACAGUGUUGUCGGACGGAAGUUUUGAAGGAAGCUCAGCAGAUUAAGCAAGCCGACUCUCCGGUUUGUGUGGAUUUCCCCCCUCCACCCGUUUUCGUUUGGGAAAACGGAGUUAACUUUUUGUACAAAAAGAAAACAUCUGCAUUCAUCUCUGUGUUUGUUUAUAUCUCAGGGAAAAAAUAUGAAACUUUGCAUUGUCUCAUUUCAAAUUCAGCAUUAACAUUCAUUUCCAUAACUGAUGAGUUCCAAGUUUGCAGCUAUGAAUGAUGAGGCCCCUCGAGGUUUAGCAGACAUUGAUAACACUGGAAAUGUGCUUUGAGAGAGGCGAGGUGGGAAGAGAGAUGCUAAAAUCAAUACAGAGGUUUCAGGUUUUCUUUUUUUCCUCCAAGGCCGUAGCAAAGAAUGUUAUUAGGGGGGUUGACCCACUGUGCAGACUUUCACCAGACCUCCUGUUGGAAACCUCCCAGUAUUUGCAGAGUACUGGAGCAUAUCUUUAUUUUUAGUGCAGAUCAAGAAAGCCACACUAUGCCUGCAUAAAAGAAACAAUUUGGCAACAAAACCAGGAGGCCAAAAGGCUUUACCCACCAGACCACAGAAACGCUAUUUCGCAGAAUUGCAAGGCGGGGUGGAAUUGUGCCCGUACAUUUUUCAUCCAGUCUCAGUCAAAACAAUUUAAGCUUAGCCCUUCUAGAAAUUCGGGUGGUUUUUAAGCAUGGCAGAUGAGAGUCUCUUGGUGACAUUUCCCUCUUGGUUUACUUGCUUUUUUCUGUGUGAAAAAAAACAAUUACAUGAAGCCAUCUUUACAUAAAUGUGUGGGGGUUUUUUGGUGAGGGGAAGGGAAUCUGACGAUUCUUGCAAGAGUGUCCUUGCUCAAAUGCAGAAAUCCUUCAACACUUGUGUGUGUCUCUGUGUGGUUUUGCUGCGAAACAAAAGCUAACCCUCCCCAAAACUCACAAUGGGAUGUUACCAUUGUUAAUCCAAGACAUGCAUGUGAGAAGAGGGUCUUGGGAUGAAGAAAAAAACCCCACAAGUUAACAAGAGCAAGGACACAAGUGGCCAAAGGUAAAUCCGUUGUGAGCAGAACAAACCAAAAUCACAGGAUCUCUGGCUAGAUAACAGUGCAGAGCAAAUGCAGCUGAACUGCGAACUUCCCUAAUUACUGCUUUUGUUGCUUUCCCCAGUUCCAGCUAGUCUGAUUCAGAGCCACUCCCUCCUGCAAGUGUCUGGCUCUGGCAGACGCAGUAUAGGCCAGGGCUUAUUUCACAGUUCGUUGACUUUUGUUCUCCUUCCUCGCCCUCUUUCCUCGCCAUGUAGGUCAGGCCAUGGGAGGAACAGUGAGCGCCGUGGCAUUGGUGGUGGAUCUGGCAGCGGCACCUGAUGUUACAGACAGUGCUUUGGCCUACUUCCUGACAGCAGACCUCUUCGUUAUUCUUUGUAUUGGGAUGUACUUGAUCCUUCCCAAGCUGGAGUAUUCCAGGUAAAUCCCCUUGGACCAUCAGGCUGCCACGCAGCGUGUACCUUAAUGGCUGAGUUCCAAAACAGCUUCCUCUCGAUGCUUCCUGCCUUUUGGUGGAGGUCCCCUUCUGCCCUAAGUGGAAAAUGUGCUGACUCUUUCCCCCUGUUUGCUCUCUCCAGCUGAACUUCCUGAUUUCAUUAAAAAGAAAACCAGACAGGAACUGUGGGAUUUACCACUGUGCACACAGACACACACACACACAAACAUGGUUACUUGAGAAGCUAUGAACCACUUAGAUAGUGCUGGUGACUGUGGCUUCUAACCCUAAAACCGUGGGGCCAGCAAGCUGUAUCAGCCUUGUGGCAUAGCUGCUUCUGAAUCUAGCAUUCACACUGUUGCUACGAGACUUCUUGAAAUCACUAUGGUUUGUAGCUCUCGCUUAAGUGACGCAGGCCAGUCCCAGUGUGUUUUCUAGCUGUAGGUUGAAAAUAACAAGCUUGUGAGCCAUUGCCUGCUAAUUUCCUGGUACCAAUUAAGGCCGCUGUUGCCUUAGAGGUAGUCUCCUAUGAUGCAGGAUACUUGGUGAGGAGCUUUAUGUGGAUUCUUAUCUGACCUCUGCAGAAUUGCUCCUGUCUAUAUCGCCUCCCUGCCUCUGCUAUUAUCAGGGACUGGGCAGAGGAGGAAUGGUGGAGACCGCCUCCCCAGCCUGAAUCUUCCAGAGAAGAGGAAGAGGGGUUUAAGGGAGGUCACAGCUCAGGCAGAUGAGGGGGAAAGUUGGGAAAUAAUGGGAGAGGGGAAAGAGAUAGGGGAAACACCAGGGGGACGAGAUGGCAGACACAGUGUCUUUAGAAAGCAUUCCAGACCCCCCUCUCCCAGAACCCGGCGAGCCUUGAAUGUAGGAGAGCAAAGAGCUCAAAGGUAGAGGGCACUCUCUGUGAAUACUGAAUAAAAAGCGGAUGGUAAGAAUCAUUUCCUUGUCUUUGUGUAUUCCUGGGCAACCAGCCACUUGGGAGUUGCUGGCAGCCGCCUGACAGCUAGGGAGGUAGUUCUGUUGCCACCCAGAGACUCACUGUCAGCUGGUGUUGUAGUGGCUAAGAGGACAAGUUGUCAGAUCUCUGGUCUUGCUUGGCAGGCCACUAUCUCUUGAGUCCUCACUGCAGAUCUGCAAGGUAGGGAUUGGAAUGCUGAUGUGCCUUUAAAGCAGGGGCAGCCAAAGUAGUGCUCUCCAGAUGUUGCUCUGCUAUGGGUCCCAUCAUCCCUUACCGUUGACCAUGCUGGCAGGGGGCUGAUGUAGAAGAGAUGGUCUGUGGCUGUCUAGAUCUCCCAUACAUCCAGCCCUCCCGUCUCCAUGCUGCCCCAUAACAGGGAUCAUUGGAAUAGGGUCCACCAGCCUCCUCUUUUGUCGCCUCUGCUCAGACACUCCUGACUCAUUCAUACACUCCCCAAGCUACAGGACCUUGAAUAAAUGACUCACAACACAAACAAAGUAUUAGUCUUCUCUGACUAGCAGUGGCAACCCAGAGAUUUGUUGUGCCGCCUGAGAUCCUUCAGCUGCUGCCAAAGAAUCAAACCAUAUACAAACCGUGGCUUCUGGCACUGUUGUCAUCUUUGAUGAGUAUCUCCUUUCUGUUUCAGUCCCUAGUUUUGCCAUCUUUGUUGGGCUUCCUGACACUAGCCUUUUUUCUGUGCCUCUCUUAUUUCAGGUACUAUAUGGAAAGGCGACAGGGCGGCACGCAGCCACCAUGUGUCUUGCCUAGUGACUAUUUGGAGGAUGGUGAUACAGCCACAGGCAACACCAGCCUGCUUCCCCCAGACAGAAACCAAAGAGGAAGGAUCCCUCCCUUGGGAUCCAUCCUAAAGGAGAUGGGCGUGCUGGGCUUCUGCGUCUUCUACGUCUACUUCAUCUCUAUCAUCAUCUUCCCUGCAAUCUCAUCCAGCAUAGAGUCAGUCAACAAGGUCCCAGGGAGCUUGUGGACGGACAAGUACUUCACGCCCCUCACUAGUUUCCUUCUGUACAAUUUUGCCGACUGGUGCGGACGGCAGAUCACCGUCUGGAUCCAGGCCCCUGGACCAAAGAGCAAGUUGCUGCCAGCUCUGGUUCUGCUGAGAACUUUCUUUGUGCCAGUCUUCAUGUUGUGCAACUUCCAACCUCGGAAACACAUCGCGAAGGUCUUCUUCACCCAGGAUGCCUAUCCGGUGGUCUUCACGGUGUUGCUCGGAUUCAGCAACGGCUACCUGAAUACUUUAGCCAUGAUGUAUGGCCCCAAAGUCACGCCAAAAGAGCUGUCAGAGGCAGCUGGAGUAUUGAUGAUGAUGUUCUUGCAGUUGGGGCUGGCUUUGGGAUCCGUCUUCUCGGUUCUUGCUGUCCACCUCAUGUAGAAGCAAGCAAAGGGAAGAUUCAAGUCCAUCCCCUGAGCUUUGGGGUACAGUUGUAUCUUGGUUUUCAAACAGCUUAGUUCUCAAACGUUUUGGCUCCCAAACGCCGCAAACCCGGAAGUGAGUGUUCCGGUUUUCAAAUGAUUUUUGGAAGCUGAAUGUCUAAUGGGGCUUUCGCGGCUUCCAAUUGGCUGCAGAAGCUUCCUGCAGCCAAUCAGAAGCCACUCUUUGGUUUUUGAACAUUUUGGAAGUCGAACGGGCUUCCGGAACAGAUUCUGUUCAACUUCCAAGGUACAACUGUACUAGGAUUUUAUUUAUUUUUAUUUUUCAAUCAUGUUCAGAAAGCAACCAUUUCCUUGUUUUUCAGGAGUUGAUCCGAAGUCUCUUGACUGUAGCAGUGGGGAAGAUGCUUAGAAGCAUAUCACAAAAUACAGGGGCCAAAUUCACACGCUUGCGAUGCGUCGCUGAGACUUUCCCCAUUUCCUGUGUCAUGUUUAACAGUGUGUUUGUUUGUAAUGUUUUUGGUACUUGUACAUAUUUUGCCUUACAGGAUCAAUGGGAAAAGGAACCACUUACAUUUUGCCAAGGAUACUGGGAAAUUAAAUGCUGAACUCUUGACUUUUUUUAUUGCAGGAAAUCUACAAAUUGUUAAAAAUAAUAAUAAUAGCAAUUGUUAUGGAAAAACUCUGCGAAGGAGCAGUUAACUUGCUGCAUGUUUCUUGAGAGGCAUCUUAUGCAAACCCUUGGGGGGGGGGAUAUGCCUUUUGAGUAGAUUCUGUUGUAUUCAUGCUACAGGAACAGGUAGCAAAUAUACAUACCAGGUGGAAAGAAUUCUCAGCAGCUGUUUUUAAUAAGGGGAAAUCAUGGAAUGAUGCCAGGUGAAAAGAGGGUGUCAUUAAGCAACAUUCAACAUGUGCUUCUAGCCAAGUCCCUAGAGUGAAGGGCAAAUGCCAAGGAACCUUGAUUAUCCAGAAACUGAGAGUGCAAAGACUCCUCAUCCUGGGACCAGAACUUUAAAAAGCACAAGAGAGCCGAAAUGAGGAGCAGGGUAAGAAUUGCUCAUGGUGUGGUUAUUAAUUGCCUGGGGCCUUAGAGCCAUUAUGCACUCUCAAUCCCAGCUUCUCAAAAUGCACCUAAAUCAUGGCUGCUAUUGAAAUCCCCAUUUAAAGCAGGGAAAUCAAGCUUAAAAUUCAUGGGUUAAGGCCAUCAGCAGCUAAUAGCCACGAUGGUUAUGUUCUAGCUGCAUUGCUGAAGGCAGUAGGCUUCUGAACAACAGUUGUUGGAAGCUGCAAGAAGGGAGAGUGCUGCUCUUGUGCUUGGCUCCUGUCUGUGGGCGUGCCAUCUGUUUUUCUGUUUGUCCACAGUGAGAACAGGGUACUAGACUAGAUGGGCUAUUGGCCUGAUCCAGCAGGCUCUUCUUACAUUUUAAGCACAGGCAAAAGAUUUGAAGUAAAUGUAUGCAGAAUUAGUCCAGGACGCCAUUGUUCCUUGCGUCAUGAGGAGGUUGGGGGAUGACAUUGCAUCAUCGAGCUUUGUUUGUUGAGGGCAGAAGCAGCCGUUUUAAUAGAAAUGGAAGAGGCUUAUUUUGCAAAGUAAAUGCAAGGGAAGGAAACUGGUAGGGGAGAGGUGUUUCACAGUUCUACCCGUCCAGACUGGUUGGCUUAUGGAAAAUAAUAAUAAUAACCCUUUGUUACCCAGACUGGUUGGCUUUUGUAAAAAAACAAAAUUAAAAAUCCUGGUGACCUACAGGUGUUUAGGAUGACAAUUCCUAAUGUCCCCACCUAUCAAAACCCACUGCCAUGUUUAACCCAUUUUCCCCACGUGAAAGGUUUUGAAACUGGAAGACAGCUCGAAAGGCAACAGGCGAAUGGCCUCUGUAGGCAUUUGUAGAGGAAGUAUUUAGCAAGCAGGAGAUUGUUGCAGCCUCUUUCCCACUCUCCAAUCCUUCCUUUACAUUAUCUUGGCAAACGCUGGCUCGCAGAAAGGUGUUCAUGGCAUAUGGUUAAGAAGGAGGAAACGCCAGAAAAGCCUAACUAGGGUUUCCAAGUAAAUGCUUUCAACAAGAAAAGGCAUCCUAGCACUUUCAUUGCACCUUUUCCUUUGAGAUGCAGCUUGCCAGGUUUAUUGCUGCAAACAAAAUUUGACAGAGGGAUGGCAUGGCAGCUGACAAAAGUGACGUGCCGCUACAGCCCAUGCUUUUAUUUCAACUGGUGAAGAAGUAAGGUCUUGGCUGUGUCAUUUAUUAUCUGACAGCAUCCCUUUACUUUGUCUUGAGACAGCAAUCCUGUACCCUCUUACCUGGGAGUAAGUCCCAUUGAACUCUGAGUAAUUCUGUAGGAUCUCUCAGUGACUGCUAGGUUAAUCCUGCUCCAUGUAAACCAGGGAUGGGGAAGGAACCUGUAGCCAUCCAGAUGUCAUUGGACUCCAAAUACCACCAGCCACAGCUAGCAUGUCCAGUGGUGAGGGAUGAUGGGAGUUGUAGUCCAACAUCAGGAGGUUUUCCCAUCUUUGAUCUACACCAGGUUUCAUCAAACCAGAUGUUUUUGAGACUACAAUUCCCAUAAUCCCUGACCACUGGUCCUGCUAGCUAGGGAUCAUGGGAGUUGUAGGCCAAAAACAUCUGGAGGGCCGAGUUUGAGGAAGCCUGAGUUACACCUUUUGGAACUGAAUUCAGUGCUAACUUCUACUUGUAUAAAGUAGUAAUGCAAAUGGUUAUUAAGUUUUCUUCAAAGCGCACAACAGGGUGCCAGUGGUUAAAUAACACAAUAAUGUUCCCAUGCUGAUGAACGUUGUUUCUUUAGCUAAAGGGACUGGAUGCUUUUGAAGAGUAAGGCUUCUGAAAUAUGUGGAAAUGUUUGGGCAAAAAAAAAGGCAUUAUAGAAUAGAACAGACAUGGCUCAAUGUCUUGAAGUUUAUCUUAAUCACAGUCAUCAUUGGUUGGUUUAGCUUCAGGCUGUGGUCCUCUAGAAUGUACAGGCCUGCUGGGAGUAAGCUCUGCUGAAAAUAUCUGGAUUUACUUUUGAGUAGACAUUUAUAGGAUUGAGCUGUGAGAGGGAGAAAGCAAAACUGCAGUUACCAAUCUAUGUAUAAGCCAAAAAGGAAGACUAGAAGGAGAUUUUGCACAAUUCAGUAGGCUUCAAAAUUGUGUCUAAUAUCUCAACAUCAUGAAGUAUGUACUCAUUUGAACUCGGGCAAUGUGCCGUUGUAGAGGGUUAUUUUUUCAGGCAAAGAUGUAACUCAUAAGUACCCGAUGUAUUUUUUCAGGCAAAGAUGUAACUCGUUAAGCAGGGAAAAUACUUGCUUUGGGUUUCACUGUCUUGCACCUCUUCACAUCUUAGAAUGUCUUGCAUGCAUGACAUUUACAUGCCUCCCAAACCCUGUGUGUGUGUGUGUGUGUGUGUGUGUGUGUGUGUGUGUGUGUGUACUGGUCCUCGUAAGGAAUCCAAACACAUCUGUUUCAUUGCACGUGCAGUGGGGGUGGGGCAGAUAUUUGUCUGCUCGAAAGAUGUUGUGAUGCCUGCAGGGAAGCAAAUAGAAGACUGAGGAGGGUGCCAGGCAUAACUUUUAAAUGUUAGGACAUUGUUAAUGAAGUCGGCAUCCUCUUUCUAUGUGUAGUUAAAGCACUGUGAGUCCCACCCCCACCCCCAAGACCCUCCCCUGUGCAAGGUCCAUAGAAUUACUUUCUGCUUGCACAAGAACAACAGGGUGUCAGUCACGCCGGAAAGAUUCCCAGGGGCUGUGAUUCCAAGGUGUGUACGACUGAACCACUGGCACAGCUUAAGAUGUGGCAGAUUUGUCAAAUGCUAGGUCUGUCUGGGGGAUGAAUUAGAGAAGGACUUAAAAGCGCAGCUCUCUGUGGCUCUGUUAUUUAACACUUGACAGAAUGCUAAUUGGAAAAUAAUCUGACCUCGUCACCAAAGACCAUAUCACGCAUCAUGUGUGGGAAUGUGGGCUUGAUGGCAUCUGUUACGAGCAGGAAAGUUGUUCUUGUUGUUGUUUUAAGAGAUCUGAUAGCUGUGCUUUAAAACAAAAAAUCCAAAAACACACACCCUCCUGCUGGUUUUUAUUACUGGAUCUAAGAAAGAACAGAGCUAGUAGAUAGUAAACUGACAUGAUUGACAGCAGUAACUGAGGAUGGAGCACCCUAAGUGUGCAUUCGGUCUUUAGCUUGGGAUCACUAGUAAUGCACACAGAGUAUAGCUUUAUAGGUGAUUUAGAAAUAAAUAUGAAACCAGAUGUGAGCAGAAAAUUUACUAGGCAUGUGAUGGAGGGGCUGCAGCUUUUAUGGUUUGUGAUAUGCCAUUGUGUAAACUCUGGAAAUCGUAAGUGAAUACUUGUUCCAUUAGGAAAUCCUUGGGUCUUUGCUGCAUGGAUUUAUGACACAGGCUGACUGGCUUUGAUUAGUCUCACACUUCCUGUUCGCUUUUCCACUUGGAAAAUAGCACAGAUAAAAGGUUCAGAGGCAUCCCUACAUUCAUCCAUUUUGGAAUGAGCUGUGUGUUUGUGUGUGUGGAGAAAUAUAUAAACAAGACCAAAGCUGUGUUUUCUCCAUUAGUUUCUCUCUGCCCUUCCCAGCUCCCCCAAAUUUCUGGUGUGGGUACAGUAGAAUGCUAGAUCAUCCAUUCAUUCCUGGAGAGCAUAGCUCAGAUCUAAUUGGACCAUUGAAGGUGGCACCUUGGCAGAUUCAGCCAGUGCUAAAGAACUUAUGAGCACUUCCACACUGUCACUGCUUUCAGGUGGGGUUCGGUAACAUACCAGCAAGCCGAGGUUGCAAUAUUUGUUGUUGUUUGGGAGGUCUUGCCUACAGACCCACUUCCCUUUGCAGUAGGGAAAGUGACAGGAAAAAGCAAUGGAAAGUUUGGGAUAUGACAUGAUGCUGUGUAACCUCCCUGCAAACAAACUAGGGCGAAUGCACAUUACAUAGCCUGUGUCAGUCUGAUCUCCCUGCAAACAGAUGGGGAUGAAUGCUCAGUGAAUCACCCGAUCCCUGCAGCAGUGGCAUAAGGUAGCAGAUACUCUCUCUAGUACUUACACUUAACAUCAACCGUCAGUAAGGAUGUUACUCUUAACAUCAGCCUAGCAAAUAUUUACAGAUGUUCACAAGUCACAAGCCCAUAAGCCUUUUAUUCUUCUUAGUAGUCCACCAGUCCAUGUGUAACUCUGCUAGUUAUUUGUGGUCUGAAAGAGGCAAAAAAGCCACCAACCUUAACUGUUUGGAGACAGUUUUGUUUAUCACUGGCUGUCAAGUAUGUGACUGUCUGCAAACCUGUUCAGUGUUCUUAUUGAGCCCUCAAGCAGUGGCCAAAACCACUUUCCUCUACAACCUGUUGCAUUGAGACCUGUGUAUGAGGACAGUGCCAGCAACAAGCAUUUGUGGUUGCCCGGUCUCCUUGAAAAUAGAGCUGCUUUGACUCUCCUUCUUGACUGCACUACUUUCAGGAAAUUAAAACACUAGAAAUAUUUCCUUUCCAGAUAGUGAAGACUAGAUAAAUGGUUGGUUGACUUACAGUUCUCUUUGACUGCGUGCAAAGUAACCAUCAUUUAAGCUGUUGGCUUACCCUGGAAAUGUGUUGACCGUGUUCUGUGAGUGUAUAUCAUUUUCUCUCCUGGAUUUAACAAACUGGUCCUGUGAGUUUGCCACAGAAGGCAGCUAUGUCCAACGCUGACAGCAUUGGCACCUGCAUACCACAGAGCCUUCUCUCAACCCUGGAAACAUUUCGCAAUGUUUAAUUGGAACAGAUAGCCCAAUACAUGUCUCUGUGUGUUUGAAAGUGUUUGGUGCGUUUUUAGCUCCUGCCCCCAAUCCCUGGCAGGUGAUGGGCACUCCCAUCCCAACACAGGCCAAAUCCACUAGCUCUUCCUCUUGCACUUCCUGCCUUGAAACACCCAGGUUUUCCUUAACACUAUAUGAUUGUAAAUCAUGUCUUUUGGGUUCUACUGCAAGCCACUCUUUGUGAACUAAUCAAACCUAAAUGAACAGCAUUUUUUCAAAACACAACCUUGUCAUUUUAGUAAUACUAAUAAAAGAGAAUUAUUAUUUUUUUAA